GUCAUGUCUUUCUCCGGAAAAUAUCAACUGGAAAGCCAAGAGGGCUUUGUGCCUUUCAUGAAGGCUGUUGGUCUUUCUGAUGACCUCAUCGAGAAAGGCAAAGACAUCAAAAGUGUCUCUGAGAUCGAACAGAAUGGCAACAGCUUCAAAGUAACAGUUACCACAGGGAGCAAAGUUAUGGUUCACUCCUUCACUAUAGGACAAGAAUGUGAAGUGGAGACAAUAACUGGAGAAAAAGUCAAGACCGUUGUGACACAAGAGGGCAACAAGCUGAAGACAAAUCUAAAGGGUAUUGACUCAGUCACAGAGCUUUUGGAUGCCGACACAAUUGUGCAUACCAUGACUCUGGGCAGCAUUGUCUUCAAGAGAACCAGUAAACGCUUGUCAUGAAAAACACUGUUCUUGUUAAACAUGAUUACACUGAUUGUAUUAAACAUGAGUACAUUUUC